AUGUCUAGUAGACUCCUUAACUUGAGUGCCCGUAGACCUAUCUUCCCUCGUGGGUUGGUUAAGCCAACUCAAAGAUUUAACUCAUCGGCCACAGACAACUUGGCAAAGACAGCUCUCUACGACCUUCAUGUUGAAUAUGGUGGAAAAAUGGUCCCCUAUGCUGGAUUUUCAAUGCCAGUUUUGUACAAGGAUCAGACUCAUAUUGAAUCUCAUAACUGGGUCAGAGAAAAGGCUGGUCUCUUUGAUGUGUCUCAUAUGCUUCAGCACCGAAUUUCGGGCACAAAUGCCACAAGAUUAUUGGAAAAAAUCACACCCUCCGAUGUCAAGGGCCUUAAGCCAUUUACCUCUACGUUGUCAGUGUUAUUAAAUGAGCAAGGUGGUAUUAUUGACGAUACUAUCAUUUCUAAGCACGGAGAGAACGACUUCUACGUCGUCACUAAUGCAGGAUGCAGGGACAAGGAUCUGGCAUUUAUCAAGAAUGAGAUUGAUGCUAUCGGUAGUGGUAUUAAGCAUGAGAUUAUCACCGGCGGUUUAUUGGCUUUACAGGGACCUGAAGCGGCCAAAGUGCUUCAAAAGUUCACCAACUAUGACUUGAAUCAGAUUAAAUUUGGUGAAUCUGCUUUUGUGGAUCUCGAGGGCGAUAAGUAUCAUGUUGCCCGUGGUGGAUAUACAGGAGAGGACGGAUUCGAAGUAUCUAUAACCAAUGAUAAGGUGGCUCAAGAUUUCGCAUAUAAACUAUUGGAGGUUGAUUCGGUUAAGCCAAUUGGCUUGGCUGCCAGAGACUCUCUUCGUCUAGAGGCAGGAAUGUGUCUUUAUGGCCAUGAGUUGUCAGAAGAAAUAACCCCUGUUGCAUCUGCCCUUACCUGGGUUAUUGGCAAGUCUCGUAGAUCCGCUGACGAUGAAAUUGCUUUUAACGGGAAAUCAGUCAUUCUUGAUCAAAUCGCGACUAAAAAGACCAACCUUCGAGUAGGACUUACCGUCAAGGGUCCUGCUGCUCGUGACGGAGCAGAGAUUUUUGCUGCUGGUGAGCAUGACAAGCCUAUUGGUAUUGUAACAUCAGGAUCUUUGUCUCCUACCCUAAAGGUUAAUAUUGGCAUGGGAUAUGUUCCACGUAAGUACGCCAAAGCAGGUACUCAAGUUGAAGUACUUGUCAGGGGUAAAUUCCGUCCCGGUGAGAUCCAAAAGUUACCUUUUGUUAAGCCAAACUAUUUCCGCUAG